CAACCUCGACCGACGUCGCCGUGCAGAAGAAUGGCGGUUGGUUCGGUUUCAUCUCCGAUGGUAUGGAAUUCGUUCUCAAGGUUUUGAAGGACGGACUUUCGGCUCUUCAUGUACCCUACUCCUAUGGAUUUGCCAUUAUAUUGCUUACUGUUAUAGUGAAAGCAGCAACCUACCCUUUGACAAAGCAACAGGUUGAAUCAACACUGGCAAUGCAGAAUCUCCAACCAAAAAUCAAAGCCAUUCAACAAAGAUACGCAGGAAAUCAGGAAAGAAUACAAUUAGAGACUUCACGCUUGUAUAAACAGGCAGGUGUUAAUCCACUGGCAGGCUGUUUACCAACUUUAGCCACAAUACCAGUUUGGAUUGGUUUGUACCAAGCUCUCUCAAACGUUGCAAAUGAGGGGUUGUUCACGGAAGGGUUCUUUUGGAUCCCCUCUUUGGGUGGACCAACUUCUAUUGCUGCUCGACAAAGUGGAGCCGGCAUAUCUUGGCUUCUUCCGUUUGUGGAUGGGCAUCCGCCCUUGGGCUGGCAAGACACUGCUGCCUACCUUGUUCUACCUGUUCUCCUUAUUGUUUCACAGUACGUGUCAAUGGAGAUCAUGAAGCCUCCUCAGACAGAUGAUCCUGCUCAGAAGAAUACCCUUCUCGUAUUCAAGUUUCUUCCACUCAUGAUCGGAUACUUUGCUCUGUCUGUCCCAUCAGGAUUAUCUAUAUACUGGUUCACAAACAAUGUACUUAGCACCGCCCAACAAGUAUGGCUACGUAAACUAGGAGGUGCAAAGCCUGUGGUUAGCGAAAACGCGAGUGGAAUAAUUAGUGCAGGACGGGCAAAGAGAUCAGUCGCGCAGGCAGACGAGGCUGGUGAGAGAUUCAGACAACUAAAAGAACAAGAAAAGGGCGGCAGGAAGAACAAGGCGAUUGUGAAAGAUGCAGCUCAGACGGUAGAAUCCCCGUCUGAUUCAGAGGAAGGAUCCGAUGACGACGAGAACGACUCGGGCGAGGAGGAGGUUCUUGAAGGAGCGUAUGCGUCGAGCACAAGUAAACCGGUUCCGGACGUUUCCCAACGGAGAAGCAAAAGAUCGAAGCGGAAGCGCACAGUGUAGACGAAGAAGAAGAAGCCAAUUAUUAGACCAGAGUGUGUGCGUGUAAAUCAAAUCAGCAUUUCCUAGACUCGAAAUGUAUUUUUGAAUAAAUUAAAUUUGCAAAAAUUGCCCCACUUUUACAUUAUGCAUAAAUAAAAUCCUACUGUAGUGUAUA